AUGAAUUCCAUUCAUCUCCUCCUUUCUCUGUUUCUAUUGGUUGCAUUUUCCAAUCAGCAUAUGGUUUAUGGAAAUGCAGAGGUUAGAGUUCUGAUGGACUUGAAAUCCUCUCUGGACCCAGAAGGAAAGAUCCUUAGCUCGUGGAUCAGUGAUGGUGAUCCAUGCAGUGGCUCGUUCCAAGGGAUUGAGUGUAACGAGCACGGCAAAGUGGCCAACAUCUCCUUGCAGGGAAUGGGACUUUCAGGGUGGCUCUCUCCAGCUGUGGCUGAACUCAAAUGCUUAUCAGGCUUAUAUUUGCAUUAUAACAAUCUUUCUGGUGAGAUACCCACACAGAUUUCAAAUCUCACUGAUCUGGUUGAUCUCUAUCUCGAUGUUAAUAAUCUAUCUGGAACCAUUCCUCCUGAGGUCGGCAACAUGGCUAGUCUUCAAGUGCUGCAGUUGGGCGAUAACCAGUUGGUGGGUAAUAUACCUACACAGUUGGGUUCCUUGAAGCAGCUUAGUACUCUUGCUUUGCAAUAUAACAAAUUAACAGGUCAAAUUCCUCUUAGCUUGGGAAACUUAGAGAAGCUAAGCAGGCUAAUUUUGAGCUUUAACAACUUCAGUGGUAUGAUUCCCGCAGCACUAGCCACUACUGCACAUUUGGAAGUUCUAGAUAUUCAAAACAAUUCUCUAUCAGGGAAUGUUCCUUCAGCAUUGAAGAGACUUGGGCAAGGAUUUCAAGGUGCAAACAACCCAAGGUUAUGUGGAGUUGGGUUUUCUACUUUGAGAUCUUGCAACAAAGAUAAAGAUUUAGACGUUAACCAUAUUUACACCUCAGAUCAAGACCUAUCCAAAAGUAGUAAUCCUCCAAAGGCUCUUCCCGAGCCUGCAAAUAUCCAGCUGCAUUGCAACCAGACCCAUUGUUCAAAAUCAAGAAGGUUUCCUCAUACUGUCAUCACAGCAAGUGUUAUAACUAUCACUCUCUCAUUCAUAGGCGCUGGAUUUUUAACAUUCAUCAGAUACCGCCGUCAAAAGCAGAGGAUUAGGAAUGCAUCAAGUUCUUCUGAAGGGAAACUUAGUCCUGACCAGUCCAAAGAAUUCUACAGCAAAAGUCCAUCAGCACUUGCUAAUGUUGAGUAUUGUAAUGGAUGGUAUCCAUUGUCUGAUGGUCAAAAUGCUGGUGGAUUAUGUAAUGAAUAUCUAAACCAAUUUAGGUUUAAUGUGGACGAGGUUGAAUCUGCAACACAUUACCUUUCAGAAGCCAAUUUACUGGGUAAAAGCAAAUUCUCAGCAGUUUAUAAAGGAGUUCUCAGGGAUGGUUCUCUUGUGGCAAUUAGAAGCCUUAGCGUGACAUGCUGCAAAACCGAGGAAGCUGAAUUUGUAAAGGGGUUGAGCUUAUUAACCUCACUGAGACAUGAAAACCUUGUUAGGCUGAGAGGUUUCUGUUGCUCAAGUGGUAGAGGUGAAUGUUUCCUUAUCUAUGACUUUGCCACCAUGGGUAACCUGUCUAAAUAUCUUGACAUGGAGGAUGGAAGUGGCAAUGUGCUUGAGUGGUCCACAAGGGUUUCUAUCAUCAAGGGCAUUGCAAAGGGUAUUGGAUAUCUACACAGCAAUGAAGCUAGCAAACCUACGAUAGUACACCAGAAUAUUUCAGUGGAAAAUGUUCUCCUUGACCAUGAGUUUAACCCAUUGAUCAUGGAUGCUGGACUACCUAAGCUUCUUGCAGAUGAUGUUGUUUUCUCAGCUCUAAAAGUAAGUGCUGCCAUGGGAUACCUAGCUCCCGAAUACAUUACUACCGGACGCUUUACUGAGAAGAGUGACAUAUACGCAUUUGGGGUUAUUGUACUUCAAGUUCUAUCUGGCAAGAAGACAAUAGGUAGUUCAAUAAGGAUGGCAGUUGAGUCUUUCAGAUUUGAUGAUUCUAUUGACACAAAUCUUAGGGGAAGAUAUUCUAAAUCUGAAGCAGAGACCCUUUCAAAGCUUGCAAUGUUGUGUACUCAUGAGCUUCCUGACCAAAGACCAACCAUGGCAGAUGUGAUUCAGGAGUUGAGCGUGUUUCCUGCUCAUUCAUGA